AUGCCACGCUCCCACGGGGACAAGGGGACCCCCAAGGACAAGGAGCCCCCGCAGAAGGGGAAAGGGGGGCACGAGGAGGGGGAGAAACCUUCCAAAGCCCCCGAGGACGUCGGUGCCCCGGCCCCCAAGAAUUCCGGCUCCGAGUCCCGGCACGGCGGCCACGGGCAGAAGAGUGGGAAGAAGAGUCCCGCGGACCCCCACGCUGCUGCCACCAAGACCUACUCCCCUUUCCUCAACACCGUCUUUGGCAAGGAGCGGGAACUAUCACCGGAGGAGCUGGAUGAGCUGCUGGAUGCCUUCAAGGAAUUCGACACGGACCAGGAUGGCUACAUCAGCUACAAGGACCUGGGCGAGUGCAUGCGCACACUGGGGUACAUGCCCACCGAGAUGGAGCUCAUCGAGAUCUCCCAGCACAUCAAGAUGAGGAUGGGCGGCCGCGUGGACUUUGAGGACUUUGUGCAGAUGAUGGGACCGAAGCUGCGGGAGGAGACGGCGCACAUGGUGGGCGUGAGGGAGCUCAGGAUCGCCUUCCGUGAGUUCGACAUGAACGGGGACGGGGAGAUCAGCACAGCCGAGAUGCGCGAGGCCAUCGCGGCGCUGCUGGGGGAGCAGCUGAAGGCGCAGGAGGUGGACGAGAUCCUACAGGACGUGGAUCUCAAUGGAGACGGCCACGUGGACUUCGACGAGUUCGUGAUGAUGCUGUCGUCCCGGUAACGGAGACACCGGGCAGGAGGGGACCCCCGGGUGACCCCCCCUCCCCAGCCCCUCCUCAACCCCUCCCUGCCCGACCCGAGAGUUCUGCCAACAUCAGGGUUCAGCGGGAACAGCUGGAGCGGAGCAUCUGGGAAUGGGGCAGA